AUGAAGUACCAAAAUCUCAAAACGCAGCUACGUCUCCUCGAUACGGUAUUGAAGAAGAAAAAGGAUCGAUAUGUAAUGGCUCUGGCUCAGUAUGAGAGGGAGCUAGGUGCAUUGAGAGAGAAAAAUGAAGAAACUGACUCCAAUGGACCUUCAAAUCAAGAACUGCGCGCAAUGAUUGAAAAAACGGAACUGAUGCGCUUGGUGAUGUCAAAGCUUGUGAUGGCCAGAACUGAAACCAACGACGGGCUGGCUGACCCUCGUCGAAAAUAUGCUUUGAAGCCAUCGAGAUAA